CUUUGCUCUCUCGCUCUCGCUCGUCUUCUCCUUCUCGCCCAUGAAGUUUCUUUGUUUUGUAUAUUUCUUUCACCUCUUUCAACCCCUCACUUUUUAGCUGCUCGAUUCCCUCGAUUCAGCGUGCAGGAAAAUCUCUUCGAGAGAAUUGCUUCUGACAAUCACUUGCCCCGUCUCCGCUCUUCGUUUCUCUUCCGCCUGUCUAGAUCUACUGGGUACUUUUUGCCAUAAGCAGGCUAUUUUCAGUGUGAUGGAGGGCCAGCAAACCUCGAGUCUUGCUUCUGUCAGGGUUGCUUUCGAAGGUUGCGGACAUGGUUGUCUCAACGACAUUUAUGCAUCAGUCGAGAAUGCUGCAACUCUGAAAGGGUGGGAUGGCGUCGACUUGGUCGUUAUUGGUGGAGAUUUUCAGGCUAUCCGCAAUGCCAAUGAUCUUACCUGCAUGUCCGUACCGCUAAAGUACAGGGAGAUGGGUGAUUUUCACGAAUACUACAGUGGAAAGCGCACCGCACCCUACCUGACUGUCUUCAUUGGAGGUAACCAUGAGGCUGGCAAUCAUCUUUUCGAGCUUUAUUACGGAGGGUGGGUUGCCCCUAAUAUCUACUACCUGGGUGCAGCGAACGUCCUGCGAUUCGGCCCUCUUCGCAUUGCUGGUAUGUCUGGUAUCUGGAAGGGCUACGACUACAGAAAGCCGCAUUUUGAGAGACUGCCAUACAACAGGGACGACAUAUCCAGCAUCUAUCACGUGAGAGAGAUAGAUGUUCGGAAGCUACUUCAGGUUCGUACCCAGGUUGACCUGGGCUUGUCUCAUGACUGGCCUAAGCAGGUCGAACUCUGCGGAGACUCAGAAUACCUCUUCAGAACUAAGAGAGGCUUCCGUGAAGACUCUGACAGUGGCAAAUUGGGCAAUCCUGCCGCCAAGUACGUUCUCGACCGACUACGUCCGGCUCAUUGGUUCUCCGCCCACUUGCAUGUGAAGUUCGCCGCCAUAGUUGCUCAUGGAGAGUAUGUUAUCCCUGGACAUCCCGGUGCUAAAAGAAAAGCGGAAGCUCCUCAACCCGAUCCUACUCCCGCAUCGGGUGCCCCACACCAAUUCGGUUUAGACGGCGCUAUCCUUGGAGUUCUUGCACUUCCCGAUGACGACCAAGAGACCGAGCGUACUCUCCCAGCUCGCUCUGCCACGGAACAGGAACCUUCGGACGAGCACGAGAGCGCGGGACCGGCAACCCAGCCCUCCGAUGUCGAUAAAGCGAAGGAAGUCCCAUCUAAGGAGGAAAAUCCCAGUGAUCCCAGUGAUACCCAAAGUAAGAUAUCAGCAUGGAAUAACUUCCACGCCGUAGCUGCUGAAGCGGAGGCGGCUGAAAAUUCUCGAUAUUUGGCAGAUCAAUCCCUUCAAUUCGAGAUCGACGAGGACGGAGCCCGACGUGUGAACACCGGCGACGGCGCGAACAAAAAGCUGAAAACCGAGCACAACUCCGAACCUGUGAAGAACGCCGACGAAAUCAACCUCGAUUUGGAUAGCGAAUCCGAUGCAGAAGCAGCCGCAGACAAAGUCCCCACGUCCGAGCCCGAACGAACCGAUGGACCCUCUUCAAACCAAGCAGCCUCCAGCGAUGACGCAAAGAGUACUAUGCCGACUGAAACAGCCAGUGGAACUGACAUUUCUGAAGAUCUUCGCAAUCAACUCCCUGCCAGCUUUGCCCGCCCUCAGCCUGAUCCUUUUCCAUUAAACGGGCCGCUGCCGGAAGCGAUCAUCAACAAGACCACUAAUUUCCUGGCACUGGACAAAUGUCUUCCUCAGCGCCAUUUUUUACAGCUUCUUGAGAUCGAGGCCAUCUCUGAACAAGAAGGGGUUAAAGCCGAACGUCCUUAUCGCUUGCAAUAUGACAAAGAAUGGCUAGCGAUUACCCGCGCCUUUGCUAACGACCUUCAGCUCGGUGACCCCGCUGCCAAACCCCCAGCUGACAAGGGAGACCAGGUUUACAAGCCGUUGAUUGAGGAGGAGGAGAGAUGGGUGGACGAGCAUGUCGUCAAGCCUGGGAAGUUAGAUGUCCCUGAGAACUUCACCCUGACCGCCCCUGUCUACGACCCGGCCGUUCCGCUCGAUACGGAGGAACAGCCCAUUGAGUACACCAACCCUCAGACCGCGCAAUUCUGCGAGCUGGUUGGAAUCGAGAACAAGUUCCAUAUGAGUGACGAGGAACGUCGAGCUCGUAUGGCCGCAGGCCCUCGACCCAGUGACUUCAGACCUCGCGAUCGAGGCCCACGUCGUGGUGGAUUUGGACGAGGACGCGGCGGUGGCGGCAGAGGUCGUGGUGGCCGUGGUGGCCGUGGUGGAGGCGGAGGAGGCCGUGGUCGUGGCCGCGGGUAUCAGCACUACUGAUGUAGUUGCUUUUCAUCCGUCCUGGUCUGGGUUGGACCAAGAACCAACUCGUUUUUAAGGCUUUAUCUUUUCUCUGUACUAAGGGUGGUCAAAAGGAACAGGCGUACUGAAGAGGGUGGGGGGCUCUGCCUGUUCUCGCUGGUCUUUUAAAGAUUUUUCCUGAGGCGAUGAUUUGAUUUGAUAGUUGAGCCGGAAGAACAGCUUCCAAUGAUUGCCUUUCCACUUUCU